GCGGCGCGAGGAUGAGCGGGCGGCGGGUGGACGCCAAAGUGGUGCUGCUGGGCCAGGAGGGCGUGGGCAAGAGCAGCCUGGUGGAGCGCUGCGUGCACCGCCGCUUCCGCGCCGGGCCCUAUCAGAACACGAUCGGGGCUGCGUUCGUGGCGAAGGUGCUGUCUGUGGGGGAGCAGACGGUGACACUGGGGAUCUGGGACACAGCGGGCUCCGAGCGCUACGAGGCCAUGAGCCGCAUCUACUAUCGUGGGGCGCGAGCUGCCGUCGUCUGCUACGACCUCACCAACAGCAGCAGCUUCCAGCGCGCCAAGUUCUGGGUGAACGAGCUGCAGAACUGCGAGGAGGGCUGCCGGAUCUACCUGUGUGGCACCAAGAGUGACUUGCUGGAGGAGGACCGGAGGAAGCGAGACGUUGACUUCCACGACGUGCAGGACUAUGCCGAUGAGGUCAAGGCAGAGCUGUUUGAGACCUCCAGCAAGACAGGACAGAACGUGGAUGAGCUGUUCCAGAAGGUGGCUGAGGACUACGUCCACUUCACUGCUUUCCAGGAGAUGACAGAGGAGAAAGGUGUUGACCUGGGCCAGAAAAGCAGUUCCUACCUGUACAGCUGCUGCCACCACUGAGAUCUUCAGCCAAAAGGGAACUGCUGGUGCGGGCUGCCUGCCCGCCGCUCUUUGGACUCCGUCUGUUUUUUACCUGCUGUAUUUUAGCUGUGUGAGAAGCUGUGUGCAAGGGAAGCGCAGCCCCACAGAUCACUCUGCUCCCUGGCCUCGGUGUAUGGAGCUGCGCGGUGCUGGGAGCCGCAGGUGCCCACCGAGGUGCCCCUGCUGCCUGUUGGCAGAGACCCAGCAGCAUCCAUAACUUAUUUUCUUGGAGAUGUCGCCCGGUUCUUUGCGGAUUAUUUAAGCGUCUUCUAUCACGGUGUACAAUGUAAAUAAAAUGCAUUGUGGUCUGA